AUGGCUGCAACUUCAGUCGCCACAUCAUCGCUGCUCUGCCAACAUUCCGACGCGCUGAGCUGGUCGGGUCGCGUCAACGCGGGGGGCGUCAGCGCGAGCGAAAGCGGGUUGAGGAAGGUCGCGUGCGUGGCGCAGCCCGAGCGAGCAGUCCAAGCCGGUCGGCAGUCGCGUGCGACUCGCUGCGAAGCCACCCCCGCGGCGACCAGGCGGAACGUGCUUCUCGGUGUCGCGUCUUCCGUGUCCCUUGCGCUCGCCCCUGCUCCUCUCCUCGACUCUGCGCUUGCGCUCGCGGCGCCCAAGGGCUAUUCGGCAUACCAGGACGCCAUCGACCGCUACCAGUUCUACUAUCCCUUCGGCUGGCAGGAGGUGAGUGUGCGCGGGCAGGACGUGGUAUUCAAGGACGUCAUCGAGCCGCUGGAGAGCGUGGCGGUCAACAUCUUCCCCACGGAGCGCGCCUCGCUCGCUGAGAUUGGCCCCAUUGAACAGGUGGCACAGACGCUGGUGGAGAAGGUGCUUACUGCGCCCUCACAGAAGACCAAGCUGCUGGACACACGCGUGAGGGAGGUGGACGGGCGCACGUACUAUGACUUCGAAUUUGUGGCGCAGGCAUCUUCCUACACUCGCCAUGCUCUCGGCACCGUCGCCAUCGCCAAUGGCAAGUUCUACACGCUGACAACAGGGGCGAAUGAGCGCCGCUGGAGCAAGGUGGAUGAGAAGCUGCGCACAGUGGUGGCCUCGUUUGUCACUCUAUAA